AAUAAGGUUCAAAUUCGGUUGACAGUUGGAGGACGGUACUUAUGAUAAGGUAUAAAACGUAAUAAUAACCAUGGAGUGCAUUUAGUUAGUUACUGACCUGUGUCGAGGGAGUUGUAUAUUUAGUUUUAUAUACAUACUUAGUUGCAUCCAAAAAAUUAGUACAAAAUAUCCGUGCAAAAUGGCAGAUAUUGAGGAAAUGCCGGAACCCCACGCUGCAUUCAAUAAUUGUGGAAAAAAGGAGGGACUAGAAAUAUGGAGGAUCGAGAAUUUCCAGCCAGUACCCGUUGCUCAGAGCAAUCACGGGAAAUUUUACAGCGGCGAUUCUUACAUUGUUCUAAAGACAUCAGGCAUCCCGUCGUCCCUAAGCUACGACGUGCACUUCUGGUUGGGCAACGAGAGCUCGCAGGACGAGAAGGGCGCGGCGGCCAUCUUGUCUGUCAACUUGGACGAGGCCCGGUUCAACGGUGCCGCUAUACAGCAUAGGGAGGUCCAGGGUUAUGAGAGCCAGGUGUUCCUGGACUAUUUCAAGCCUAUGAUCAGGUAUUUGGAUGGCGGGCACGCAUCAGGGUUCAGUAAAGUGACCACGAACGAGGGUUCCGAGCGGCGCCUGUUCCAGAUUAAGGGCAAGAAGAAUGUCCGCGUCACACAGGUGGAAGCCCACAUAUCUAAGAUGAACGCCGGCGACUGCUUUAUCCUAGACAAGGGGCAUGACGUGUUCGUGUACGUGGGGGCGGAGGCGAAGAGUGUGGAGCGGCACACGGCCAUCAGGGCCGCCAACCAGAUCCGCGACCAGGACCAUAACGGGAGGGGUCGAGUGCAAAUCAUUGAUUCCAGCUCCAGUGAUGAGGAGUUGAACAACUUCUUUGCUGCGCUGGGUUCGGGAGACAAGGACUCCGUCCCCCCUGCGUCUUAUGGUGGGGAUGACGAGAAGUUUGAAACCGGGGUCGCAAAAGCAGUAAAACUGUUUGAAAUAUCUGAUGCAUCUGGACAGAUGAAGACCACCGAAAUCAAGCCGAUUAAGGGAAAAUACCAGCUUAAAUCCGAUGAGUGUUAUAUCCUGGAUGCUCAUACCAGCGGCGUUUUCGUGUGGGUCGGAAAGAAAUCCAACCAAAAGGAAAAAAUGGAGGCGAUGAACAGAGCAGAACAGUAUCUCAAGAAUAACAACUGCCCCGCUUGGAUUCACGUGUCCAAAGUACCCGAAGGAGGGGAGCCGGCACCGUUUAAACUAUUUUUCCCCGAAUGGGCUUAAACGCCAUAAUAUUUUUUUAUUUGACUUCUAUUGUCACAGAACAAAUCUCAAAAUGUUAUGACAACUUUAUAGACUUGCAUGAUAUUUAGUAAUUAUGUCUUUAAAUGCAUUUUUUAUUGUAAUUAGUAAUUCUUCAUCUACGCCAAAGAUUUUUAGAGUCAGACCAAGGUAAGUUGGCAGCUAUUUCGAUAGCACAGACAAAAAAGUUAACGUCAUAAUUUCAUAGAGGUAAGAAGUUUAAAAUAACACUUGCACAGCUACUACAUGUAGCAGCUUGCUAUCAAAAUCGCUGUAAACUUAACUUGGUCUGACUAUAUUUUAUUAUGUGAUAUUUCUCACCAAAAUAAAUACCUAAUCUACA